CGGGGGUCCUGUAAUCAUCUCCCGUUUCCGCCACCCAGCUCAGUCAGAUAUGUAUUUGUCGUAGUGUAAACUUCAGUCUUACACCGACCCAAUUGAAUAUUAGACUAUCCUCUUCUGUAAACCUCGGUUUAGUUUAGUUACUGUUUAUUUUCCUGGCGUUGACCACCUUUAUUAUGUACUUUAUAGUGUGUUGCGCGCUAGGAUCGCUGUUGAGCAACCCAGUGGUUGUUGAGGCAGUGGUGGGUGGUGCCCCGGCGGCGCCGCCUGAGCCUGACGCUGCAGUGGUCUUUGUACAGAAAUAUGGAAGGAGUGCGAGACUUGAAGGGAUCAAGAAUGAUAGGCUUGGAUAUUACAGUUUCAUGGGUAUCAAAUAUGCCGAGCCGCCCGUGGGACCGCGGCGAUUCCAGCGUCCGGUUCGUCGCAUGCUGACCGGAGACGUCAACGCCACCCGCUACUGCCCGCCUUGUAUUCAGCCCGACACUCGCAACCCUGGCCGUGUUAUAGGCCAAGAGGAUUGCUUGUGUCUCAAUGUGUUCUCCCCAAAAAUGCCAGGGAGGAGGAAGGGUAGUCCAGUCAUCUUUUAUAUUCACGGCGGGAAUUAUCGAACAGGGUCAACUUCUGCCUAUGGUGGACAACAUUUAGCCCAGAAGGACACUAUCAUCGUGUCAGCGCAGUACCGGCUGGGUUCUCUUGGAUAUCUCAGCACGGGAGAGAGGGAUGCUUCAGGCAACGCUGGGCUGUUCGACCUGCGUUCAGCUAUGACAUGGAUUAACGACUACAUAGAAUUUUUCGGCGGCGACAAAAAACGCAUAGUCGUCAUGGGUCAAGGCUCCGGCGGCAGCGCCGCGUCCCUCAUGGCACUGUCCUCCGAAGGUCGAGCGGCCACCGGCGUCAUCGCCCUGUCCGGGACCCCGCUGUCCCCGGGCGCCGUGAGGACAGACCCGGCCAGCCAUGCUAAAGCUCUGGCGAAGGUUACCAAUUGUCCCGAUUCUCCGCCUGAGAGAUUACUUUUAUGUUUGAGGAGUAUACCGGCCGAAAAGAUAGUUUUGGCAGACUCGGAAAUUAGUAUGAGUAUGGUCGAUACGGAAAGGUUCUUACAGGAUAUAUCUGGUCGAUCAGGAGCGGGUGCGCGAGUGGAAGGCAAGGAGGAUCUAAGAGGUCUACCACCAAUCGUAGAGGAGCAACCAGCCGACGCACUCAAUAAGAAGACUAAACGGAUACCCAUGCUCACUGGCGUCGUCUCUGCGGAAACCGCACGUGCGGUUCAAGGCAAAUACGCAGGCUUCCUAACCAACAAGCUAAACGACCUCAACUUCAUAAAGAACGAGUUGAUCGGCGGGCUGCGCGGAGUCGUGUCCGACGUGCGAGGGCUGAUCCCGGAUCUGACUAGCCAGCUGCCCGCGGGACUGCCGCAGCUGGACUACUACCAGACGCUCUUCGACAGUUCCUUCAACGUUGUCGAUGGGCUAAUACAGAUUGCUGAGGCUACAGGCGACGCGCUAUUCAACUUCCCGGCAUACCAGAGUGUGAAGCAAUGGAGCCAAGGCGGUGGGCACGCCUACCUCUACAGCUUCGAGCAUGUGGGCAACCUCAGCAAGGGCUCGCACUUCCUCCCCGGCGUGCCGCUUGCAGAGGCAGACCCUACUAGAAAUAAACGGGAGACAACAUCGAAAACGAAGCCAGGACCUUCCCAUGGAGACGAGUUAGCUUACAUAUUCGAGCCUCUGGACGAAAACGGCAAAUCGAUCGCCGAAGAAGUGUCAGCAUCGGACGCGCGCGCUCGGGAGAACUUCGUCAACAUCAUCUCCAAGUUCGCGCACGAGCUGACCCCAGUCGAGGCCAAAAACAACUCCAGGAGACCCGGACUGGCAGGCUUCCUGCCCUUUUCUGAGGGUAACGAGCAGUUCUUGAAGAUCAACGAGGAUGUCACUGUAGAUAAGGACUUCAGAUACUGCCAGAUGGGCCUCUGGGGAAACAUAGCUGAUCGUCUCACAGGCGCGCUUUGCAAAAACCUCAUCGGUAACCUGCUGAACCUACACUCUAUCGUGACUCCAGAUAUCAAACUCCCCAUCCAGGUGCCCACCAACGUUCCUAACCCCUUGGGUGGCUUAGGCAACGGGGGCAACCCUCUGGGAGGAUUAGCCAACGGGGGCGAUGCAGUGGGAGGUUUGGGCAACGUCGGGGGCAACGCUUUGGGAGGACUGGGCGGCCUUGGUGGGUUAAUGGGAGGGAACAAGGGCCAGAGUCAGCGGCAAACGGCCCAGAAACCCAAGGCCACCACGCACCUUCAAUGAACUUUCCUAAUCUUCCUUUUAGAUUUUAAAAAUAUGUACUUAGGUCAAGAAAGAUAAAAUUGAUGAUUAAAUAAAAUUUGGAAUCAUUAA